AAUUACAACCCCCUCCCCCCUUCCUCUUCUCUCAUCCCACCAGACUUUCAAUCAAACCUCACCUACCAAUUGUAACUGCAAUCAAAUGUGAGUACCCACAACCCACCAAUGAAACAUCUCAACAUCAAAUUUCUUUGGUUUCAUUUGUUUUUUUCUGUAUAUUCUUUUCAGUGGUUAUUGCUUGGUUUUAUUGUGAAAUUUUGGGUUGACAAGCAUGAGAAUAUAGAUUCCAAAGAGAGGUCAGCUCCAUUUCCAGGCCACUCUCCCAAGACUCCAAAUAGUUGGGACCGUGACAUUUUUUUCUAUAUAUCUCUUUUCUCUGUUAGUCAUUUCUUUACGUAACCAGACACUUCCUCUUAAAGCUUUUCCUUGGUCUUACCUUGGCUCUAAUCACUCAAUCAAGAUCUUUCCACAAGGAUCUAAGAGCCUCCAUAUCAAAUGCUUUACUACUACUACUACAAUGGUGAAUGCUCAUUAGUAUGUCAAGUGUCAAAGCCUCGAAGUCAGUACAAAGGGUGAAGUCCAAACUCAUUAGAGUCUUGUUUUCAAGAGGCUGCAAAGCAUGGCUGGUUCAGACAUUAUUACUUCAAGCUGUGGAACCCCAGAAGACUACAAUGACAUUGAGUCUGGCAUCUCUCCCAAGCCUCUCAACCAAUCUAAGUUCGUCCUGCCUAAACUCAGGAAUGUCGACACGGUUACAGUUGCUAGAAAAGUUGGACCUCUUUUCCUCAUUCCUCCACUGGGAGUCUCGACCUAUGAUGAGAACCAAAAUUCCGGAGGAGGCAUCAUCUCCCCAAUGGAUUCCAGAUACAGAUGCUGGGAGACCUUUAUGGUGUUUUUGGUAGCUUAUUCGGCAUGGGUUUACCCAUUUGAGGUUGCAUUCUUUAAGGCCUCUCCCACAAGAGGACUCUACAUAGCAGACAACAUUGUUGACCUGUUCUUCGCCACUGACAUCAUUCUAACAUUUUUUGUGGCUUACAUUGAUCCAAGAAGCCAGCUUCUAGUUAGGGAUUCCAAAAAAAUUGCCAUGAGAUACCUCUCAACAUGGUUUGUCAUGGAUAUUGCUUCUACAAUCCCCUUUGAAGCUCUGGGACACUUGUUUACAGGAAAAUCCAAAGUGGGUCUCACUUACUGCCUGCUGGGAUUGCUCCGGUUUUGGCGGUUAAGAAGGGUCAAGCAACUCUUCACAAGGCUUGAGAAGGACAUAAGAUUCAGCUAUUUCUGGAUAAGAUGUGCUAGACUUAUAUCUGUUACAUUGUUUAUGGUGCAUUGUGCCGGAUGCGUCUAUUAUUUGCUGGCUGACCGCUAUCCACAUCAAGGGAGGACAUGGAUUGGCUCAGUGAUUCCUAAUUUUAGAGAAGCAAAACUUUGGACCAGAUACGUUUCAUCCAUUUACUGGUCCAUCACUACCAUGACUACUGUUGGUUAUGGUGACCUACAUGCUGUUAACUCCAUGGAGAUGAUUUUCAACAUAUUCUAUAUGCUCUUCAACCUAGGCCUUACAGCCUACUUGAUUGGAAAUAUGACCAAUUUAGUUGUUGAAGGAACUCGUCGAACAAUGGAAUUUAGGAACAGCAUACAAGCAGCUUCUAGCUUCGUGUGCCGAAACCAUUUACCUCCAAGGUUGAAAGAGCAAAUAUUGGCAUACAUGUGCCUAAGAUUUAGAGCUGAAAGCUUGAACCAGCAACAAUUAAUGGAACAACUUCCAAAAUCAAUCUGUAAAAGCAUCUGCCAACAUCUAUUCCUACCAACAGUGGAGAAAGUAUAUCUUUUCAAAGGUGUAUCGAGAGAAAUAUUAUUGCUCCUGGUUGCAAAGAUGAAGGCUGAGUAUAUCCCACCUAGAGAGGAUAUCAUAAUGCACAAUGAAGCACCAGACGAUGUUUAUAUAGUUGUAUCUGGUGAAGUAGAGAUAAUUGACUAUGAAAUGGAGAAAGAAAGAGUUGUAGGUACACUGAGAACUGGUGACAUUUUUGGGGAAGUUGGUGCGCUCUGCCUAAGACCUCAAAGCUUUACAUUUAGAACAAAGACAUUAUCUCAACUCCUGAGGUUAAAAACAUGUGCCUUGAUGGAAGCCAUGCGUGCCAAAGGACAAGAUAACAAACUCAUUCUUAAGAACUUCCUUCAGCACUACAGGGAGCUUAAGGACCUCAAUAUCCAUGACAUGCUAAUUGAGAAUGGAGAAGGUGAUGGUGAGCCCAACAUGGCUGUCAACCUAUUGACUGUAGCAAGUUCUGGUAAUGCUGCCUUCCUAGAUGAGCUUCUAAGGGCAAGGUUGGAUCCUGAUAUCGGGGACUCCAGAGGAAGAACCCCACUUCAUAUAGCAGCAUCAAAUGGACAUGAAGAGUGUGUCUUGGUCCUCCUCAAGCAUGCUUGCAAGGUAAACAUAAAAGAUGUAGAUGGGAACACUCCCCUAUGGGAUGCAAUUGCAGCCAAUCACCAUUCUAUUUUCAGGAUCCUAUACCAUUUUUCCUCCAUUUCUGAUCCCUACACUGCUGGGGAACUUCUCUGCACAGCAGCAAAAAGAAACGAUCUUUCAACAAUGAAGGAACUCUUGAAACAUGGAUUGAACAUUGAAUCGAAAAAUCAUGAUGGAUUCACUUCUCUACAGAUCGCCUUGAAUGAGAACUAUAAUGACAUGGUAAACCUCCUGGUUAUGAAUGGUGCCAAGGUUGAUCAGGCAAAUCAGAGUGGGUUUCCUGCAGCAAGUUUGAAUGAAAUGGUGCAGAAAAGAGGGGUGGGCCAUUGUAUUACAAUACCUGGAACUCUAAUACAUGACAAUCUAUCAGUGAGUUACAGAAAGAUGCAAGAAGAAAAAGAGUCUAGUGAGGGAAAAUCCAAAGGUGGGAAUUUUCUGAGGGUGAGCAUAUAUAAAGGGCAUCCUUUAGUGAGGAAGUACACAUUUGCCAGUGAUUCUGGGAAGCUCAUUAAGCUGCCAAGCUCAAUGGAAGAGCUCAAAAACAUUGCAGGUGAGAAAUUUGCUUUUGACCCAAAGAAUGCAAUUAUAACAAAUGAAGAAGGUGCAGAAAUCGACUCCAUUGAAACGAUAAGGGAUAAUGAUAAGCUUUUCAUAGUUGAAAAUACAGUUUGUACAAAUUAAUUAAUCUUCAGAAUCUUAGAUGAUUAUGCAAAUCGCCUUUCAACUUCAAAGAAGGAAAGGACGCUAUUCUUCUCACUUGUGUCUUCUUGAAAUAAUGAAUUUCAAUUUUACUCA